CAAAACAAGUAGAAACCCGGCCCGUCUAGCACAAACUUCGAGGGACUCGACUAACUCUAAUCUGACACUGAACACACUGCUGCUAAUUGCUAAUAGCAAUUAAUUAUGAUGAUUAGAAAUUUAAAAAAGAAAAUCAAAAUAUGAUGAAUUGAUGAAAGCAAUUUCUCAUUUCCAAUCUGUAAAAAUCAUCAAAGUAGCAAUGGCGAGCAGUACAAGGAGAGGAGAAGAGGAAGCGAAACAAUUGGCAGCUGAGCUAAGCAAAACCCUAAAAGAAGGAGAAAGAAUAUUAGCACCAACACGACGACCCGACGGAACCCUACGUAAACCUAUUCGAAUUAGAGCUGGUUAUGUCCCUCAAGAUGAAGUCGCUAUUUACCAAUCUAAAGGCGCUCUUUGGAAGAAGGAAAUGGCGUCAUUGCAGGAUGUUCCGCCGGGUUAUGAUCCGGUGAUGGAUGAGAAACCUAAGUCUAAAGCUGCUAAGCGGAAUGAAAGGAAGAAGGAAAAGCGUCAACAGGCUGCCAUUGAAAAGGGUAAGAAUCCAGAGAAUGAUGAAGUCUCAUCUGCUGAAAAUUCAGCUGACGUUCCAGAUCAGGUUGAGUCAGUUAUUUCCCAGAUAAACAAUCUUGCCAUAUCUGCAAAUCCUGUUGUCCCUCCUUCAAAUUCAACCGAGUCUUCUGCCAUGGGAGAUGGUUUGCAGGACAUUGACAAAAAGAUCCGAGCUCUGAAGAAAAAGAUCCGGCUGACAGAAGCUCAACAGCAGAAGACCGAAGAGAAGGACAUGAAGCCAGAGCAUCUGGAAAAAAUGGCUAAGCUGGAAAGCUGGCGAAAAGAGUUGAAGCUUUUGGAGGAUAAAAAGGCUGCAUUGGAAGCAGCAUCAUGAAUUUUAGGCUGAAGAAACACAGUUUAAAGCUACGCUAGCCUGGUGGGAUUUUACUGCUGCAUCAAUAUAUUCAUCACGGCCAGAUUUUGUUAAUGGAACGGUGUAUUUUUGUACCUUGUGCACUAGCUAGGGAAAAACAAAGUAGGGUCUAAUUUAUGGUAUUUUUCAGGUAGUACUCCAAUUUUUUCAGACAUAGCUGCGGCUUGAUCUGAUUUGUCCUUGAUUUCUAAAGACCUCGAAACUAGCUGUCGAAACACCAUUUACAAUAUUAGGCUUGUGACAUGGAUGUUUCGUGAAUAUUAGUUAUUUGGACAUUUGAAGGUGUAGUCCCAAAAAACUCGUUGACGCUGUAGUUGGAAGGUUAAUGUUCUCUGGA